AUGAAUGCCAAUCUGACUGCAGAACCCACGCGUGAAGAAAUCAGAGAAGCACUCUUCUCCAUCCACCCUGAUAAAGCCCCAGGCCCCGAUGGCUUCUCUGCAGGGUUUUUCCAAUCCCAUUGGUCAGUCAUUGGCCCAAAAAUAGUGGAAGAAAUAAAAGACAUCCUAAGGAGAGGACAGAUCCCACACUCUAUCAAUGACACGCAUGUAAGACUCAUCCCCAAAGUCCCAAACCCCAAGACAGUAGCGGAGUACAGACCCAUAGCGUUGUGUAAUGUCUACUACAAGAUUAUCUCCAAAAUCUUAACUAGAAGACUACAACCCAUCCUCCCUACAAUCAUCUCAGAGAAUCAAACAGCUUUCGUACCUGAUAGAGCCAUCUCUGACAAUAUUCUCAUCACCCAUGAAACACUACACUUCCUCAAAAACUCAGGAGCCACGAAGCAUUGCGCCAUGGCUGUCAAAACCGACAUGAGCAAAGCUUACGAGAGGCUGGAAUGGGGAUUUAUAGUAAUAGUGAUGGAGAGAAUGUGUUUUCAUGCCAAAUGGAUCAACUGGGUGAUGCAAUGCAUUUUCACGGUCUCAUAUGCUUACCUGGUUAAUGGUGCAGCACAAGGAAAAGUAACUCCUCAUAGAGGUAUCAGACAAGGCGACCCGUUGUCACCAUUCAUCUUCAUACUCUGUGGAGAAGUCCUAUCGGGCCUCUGUAAAAACGCAAAAAGCAAUGGAUCACUACCAGGCAUAAGCGUAUCCCGAGGUAGCCCUAAGAUAAACCACUUACUCUUUGCAGACGAUACAAUGUUCUUUAGCAAGACAAACCAGAAGAGUUGUGAGACACUUAACGCCAUCCUGCGAAAAUACGAAGAAGCAUCGGGUCAACAAAUCAAUCUCCUCAAGUCUUCAAUCACCUUCUCAAAGAAAACACCACCAGAGAUUAAAACAAGGGUCAAGAACUCACUCGGGAUAAACAAGGAAGGAGGCCAGGGCAAGUAUUUGGGACUUCCGGAGAGUUUUGAUCGUCGAAAGAAAGACCUCUUUACCUUGAUAGUCGACCGCAUAAAACAACGUUCGAUAAGCUAUUCCUCGAGACACUUGUCAAGUGCAGGCAAGCUAACCAUGAUCAAAUUCGUACUAUCCUCCAUCCCCAGCUACACAAUGUCCUGCUUCAAGCUACCCACAGGCCUGUGUAAGAGAAUCCAGUCAGCUAUUACGCGAUUCUGGUGGGACUCAAAACCAGGGAAGAAGAAAUUAUGUUGGUUAGCGUGGAGUAAACUAACCAGAGCAAAGAAGAAUGGAGGCUUGGGCUUCCGAGAGAUCCAGAGCUUCAAUGAUGCACUCCUGGCAAAGAUCAGCUGGAGAAUCUUAAACAACCCAACCUGCCUCCUCAGCCAAGUCCUUAAAGGGAAGUACUGUAAGGAUCACACCUUCAUAAACGUGCAAAUCAAGUCCUCAACCUCUCAUGGAUGGCGUGGAAUCCUGAUAGGCAGAGACUUGAUCAAACACAAACUCGGACGAGCCAUUGGAAAUGGACAGACCACCUCCCUCUGGAACGAUCCAUGGCUCUCGAUCAAACACCCAACCUACCCCAUCGGACCAACCCGCAAAGAAGACCUGGAAAUGACAGUGUCAAAUCUCUUAACAGGACAUCUCAACGAAUGGAACAUCACAAAGAUCAUGGAAACCUUACCAUUCCAUAUGGCGGAAAUACGAGCCUUAAGACCAAGCAGCAAAGGUGCCACAGACACCUACAUCUGGCUCCCAACUAAGACAGGCGACUACUCGGUGAAAACGGGGUAUCAUGUAGCCAUGGAGGUGAAUGAGAACCUCGACCUAUACCAAAACCACCAGGGCAUAAGCUGGAUGACAGAGAUCUGGAACGCAAGAAUAUCACCAAAAAUGAAGGUUUUUCUAUGGAAGAUAGUACAAGAAGUUUUACCUGUGGGAGACAACCUCCUUAACUGUGGAAUCCUCGAUAACGCUUGUUGUGUUCACUGUGGAGACUUAGAAACAACAGAGCACCUCUUCUUUCACUGUGGUUUCGCAAAAGAAGUCUGGAAUCAAGCUCCUUUCACAAAACCCAUCAACCCUCUCCAAAUCGAUAAUUUCACCACCACGCUCACUGAUUCGAAGACAUGGAUUUGCCUUCCACCGACGGGAAUCACAGCUGGACCACUCUUCUCUUGGAUCUGCUGGGCAAUUUGGAAAGCCAGAAACCACCUCCUCUUCGAGCAAAGAAAAUUCUCCUCUGCAGAAACAAUGAGUAAAGCAGUCUCAGAAGCUAGAGAUUGGCAACAAGCUCAGCGAAAAACCCAUCUGCUGAAACCCAGAUCAAAAACCCCAAGCCCAAAUCAAACCAACCCCAAUACAAUUACCUGCUUUACAGAUGGAGCCUGGAGCAAAGAACACGAAAUCGGAGGCCUGGGAUGGAUCUUCAUCGACGCUGAUGGAACGACACGGAACCACGGACAUGCAGCUGAACGCUUUGUCUCCUCUCCGAUCAUGACGGAAGCUCUAGCCAUCCGAUCCGCCCUCAAUCAAGCGCUUGAAAGCGAAAUCACCCACAUCCACAUCAAGACAGACGCUCAGGAAUUCGUCCGAGCUAUCAACAUGCAAGAGCAAAUCGCAGAGAUCUUCGGAAUUCUGUUCGAUAUUCAAACUCUCGUCUCAAUGUUUCUUUCUAUCUCUUUCAGCUACAUUCCCCGAUCUGAAAACGCUAUGGCGGAUUCGAUCGCAAAGAAUGCCAAAAGUCGACUUGUGACUUUAGUAUCAAACCAAACUCUCAUGUGUAACCCGGUUUAG